UAUACUCUUUAGAAGUAGCUUAGAUAUAUUAAUAACAUAAAAUGAACAUGCUUAGAUCCACCAGAACCGCGGUCACUGUGUCGCGUGGCUUCUCCACCUAUAGCAAGCUUCUCCAAAAGUCCACCCCGGAAAUCUACGAUCAAUCUACCGUUGCAAAGGAAAUAGUAUCUGGAGGUCCAGUUGAAUUGACCACCAAGAGAACCGUUAGAAUCUACCAAGAAUCUAAGCCUGCCACACAAUCCGGCCACCACAAUGGUGAUCACUGGAAGUUGGACUGGGACGUCUUGGGCAAGGGAAACAGAUGGGAAAACGACUUGAUUGGGUACCAAGGUACCGCCGAUUACAUGCAAGGUACCAUUAUGAAGUUUGAUACUAAGGAAGCUGCUGUAAGAUUUGCCCAGGGUCAUGGUUGGGAUCAUUAUAUCCAAGAACCAAAGAAGAGACACUUCAGAAAGAAGGACUACUCUGCCAACUUCUUCCAUUCUUCUGGUCCAUUGAAGCACAUUAGAACCAAAUAGAGAAUUUGAACAACACACUCCUUUCAAUCUUGAACAAUAAUAAAAUAGAACAGGAACUAUUUGCUCUAUCUUAUUCCCAAGGAGCUAUGAAUGAUACCUCGAUUGUUUUUUUGACUAGAUUUAUUCAUUUCUCCCCUGUACACUGC